AUGGCUACCGUGACGCCAGUGCCCGCACCGCGCAUGCGUUUAGCGCUCCAUCCACAUAAUAUACACACAACUAUCAAAGUGUAUGCGCGUUGUCUUCGUCCGGACAUCGAAUACAAGACCUUAUCAGUCACGUGGGGGACCCGCGCCCAGGAGGUAGUAUCUACCCUGUUGGGCAAGUUCAGGAUGCGGCACAGAGACCCCAGGCUGUUCUACCUGAGCAUGGAAGUCAGGGUCAGAGCAGCUGGGUUGAGGACAACGUUGGUGUUGGAUGAUGAUGCAAGACCAGCUGCACUCCAGGCUUGCCAUCCGAAAGGAUAUUCCAAAUUCUCCCUGCAGAUGCGUCCUGGUGGUUUAAUCAAGAUAUACGACUCGGCGUUAAUGUCUUCGUCUCAGUACAAGUGCCUGCUCACCAGUGAGAGGACUACAGUGGAUGAAGUGCUGGCUAUUUUGCUGCACUGCUACGAUUCCACCGAAGGGGUUGAACGCUUCUCGCUUUAUGAGGUCAGUCCUUCUCAGGAGUAUGAGAGAAAACUUCAUGCUGAUGACCUACCCCUCACAGUGCAGCGAGCGUGGCCCUCAGACACUGAUUGUCACUUCAGAGUACGGAGGAAUCCUCGUGCACCGCCCCUACCACCUAGAACCCUCCCCGCCCCUGAAGAAACAACUUCAGAGGAUGAGGAACCUUCUAGAGCAUUAUCAGCUCUUUCGUUAGAAGCGGAAGUAUAUGCAAAAUUUAUACAGUCGCCGCUCGUGGCGAGCGGCGGCGAGUGGUGCGGAGCGACAACACGCGAUGUGACGCGGCGCGUCAAGUCGCGACGUGACGCGGCUUGCGGCACGGCGCGUGACGCGGCGCGGCCACACGCGAUGUGA